AGGCGAAGAUUCUCUUGAAACAAAAGACCUUUAAUAGGAUAUUUUCUAUCUAAACUCGCGUUUAGAUGUAGUCUAUUUCACCGUCGAAGUUCUUCUGCCAUUCACAAAUAUCAUGCAAAACCUGCCGAACAAAUCCGAUCGUACGAUUUUCUACGAAGCAUCUAGGGGAGUUUUUCCGAGGGACGUGGAAAAGGACGACGCAAGCAUGGCGACUUCAAGUUCAAGAAUGAGCCGACGAGGGAGUUCGAAAAUGCUCCGGACGUUGGGCGGACUCGACGUCGAUGAGAUGCAUUUUCUGGGCGACAUGGACAGAGGGGCCUCAGCUAAAGAGGAAAACCGUUUCGUUUUCGAGAUCGCCUGGGAGGUAGCCAAUAAAGUUGGUGGUAUUUACACAGUGAUUCGUUCUAAAGCUCCUUACACCGUUGACGAGCUGGGAGACCAGUAUAUCCUGUUAGGGCCGUACAAUGAGAGCACGGUCCGCACGGAGGUCGAGAUCAUGGAACCGGAAAACCAUCGCAUCAAAGCCGUCUUGGACAAGAUGAAAGAACAAAAUGUCAAGGCUGUGUUUGGACGCUGGUUGAUAGAUGGAUCACCCAACGUCGUACUCUUCGACAUCGGGACUGCAGCUAAAUUCCUGGAAACCUGGAAGAAUGAGCUCUUUGAUCUCUCGCACAUUGGAGUACCGUGGCAUGACAAGGAAGGCAAUGAUGCCAUCAUCUUUGGCAAUAUGUGCACUUGGUUCUUGGCUGAUUACCGUGCGCAGUUUGAGGAGUGGGAGCGCCCUCUAUUGAUAGCCCAGUUCCAUGAAUGGAUGUCAGGGAUUGGUCUAUUGCUGUGUCGUCUGAAGCACAUAGAUGUCUCGACGAUCUUUACCACCCAUGCCACACUGCUUGGACGCUAUCUCUGCGCUGGCAAUGUUGACUUCUACAACAAUCUUGAUAAGUUUAAUCUAGAUAAGGAAGCGGGUGAUCGGGGUAUCUACCAUCGAUACUGUAUGGAGAGAGCUGCGGCUCAGACCUCUCAUGUCUUCACUACCGUGUCGAAGAUCACGGCUGACGAAGCCGAACAUCUACUCAAACGAAGACCAGAUGUGAUCCUUCCAAAUGGGUUGAAUGUGGUCAAGUUUCAGGCCAUUCAUGAAUUUCAGAAUCUCCACGCCAAAGCAAAGAACAAAAUUAGUGACUUUGUCAGAGGUCAUUUUCAUGGGCAUUAUGACUUUGAUCUUGACAAGACCUUAUAUUUCUUCAUAGCUGGUCGAUAUGAAUACAGUAAUAAGGGAGCAGAUCUCUUCUUAGAAUCUCUUGCCAGACUAAAUCACUACCUCAAGGCUUCAAAGAGUGACAAGACGGUUGUUGCCUUUCUCAUCAUGCCAACGAAGACCAACAACUUCAACGUUGAAUCGUUGAGAGGGCAGGCUAUAUGUAAACAACUCAAAGAGACGUCGGCUGAGUUACAAACCAAGAUGGGUCAGAGACUCUUUGAAACCGCCCUAAGAGGUGAGAUCAUCAAACCUGAGGACCUACUGCUCUCUGAAGACCUUGUAAAGCUUAAACGUUGCAUCUACGCAAGCCAGCGUCCUAACCUACCGCCCAUCUGCACGCACAACGUCAUUGAUGACCAUCAGGACCCAGUCCUGUGUAAUCUUCGCCGUCUAAAGAUGUUCAAUGAUCGCCAUGAUCGUGUUAAGGUGAUUUUCCAUCCCGAGUUCCUUUCAUCUACAAAUCCACUAUUUGCUUGUGAUUACGAGGAGUUUGUUCGUGGAUGCCAUCUUGGCGUCUUCCCUUCUUAUUAUGAGCCGUGGGGAUAUACACCAGCUGAGUGUACUGUGAUGGGUAUACCUAGUGUUACAACCAAUCUCUCCGGGUUUGGCCUGUUCAUGGGGGAGCACGUAGCAGACCCAACGUCCUACGGGAUCUACAUCGUUGAUAGACGUUUUAAGAGUGGCGAAGAAUCAAUACAGCAGCUGGCUGGGUACAUGUUUGAUUUCACCCGGCUAAACCGAAGACAACGCAUCCUGCAAAGGAAUCGAACGGAGAGACUGAGCGAACUUUUAGAUUGGAAGAAUUUGGGAGUGUAUUAUCGUAAGGCUCGCUAUGUAGCACUCAACAAGACGCAUCCUGAAUUAUUUGAAGGACCAGAGAAUGGGGAGGAAAGAACGAUGUUCCGUUAUCCAAGAGCAGCCUCGGCUCCGCCGUCACCAAGCAGCUCACGGGCAUCCACGCCCAUCCCCGACGAUGACGACGAUGAAGAGGAUGAUGAGCAUUAACUGUCAGGCAAGUCCACUGCAGAAAAACCAAAACUCUUUCAUACAGUGGACCAGAAAGCCCCCCAAAGAAUACUAUUGAGGAUUGGAUACAAACCAACAUGAAAAAGCACAUGUUGGACUCAUCAUUCUUAGCAAGUGUAGAUACUGCCGUGAAAUCUGACCAAUGCGGUGAUGCAUUAUAUACCGCACAGAAAUAGGAUUUUAUAUGUAAUUCUGAGUCAAAAUUUAAUCUAUGAAACACCAGGCCACCUAGCUUCUCUAAUAAUUACUAUAAUAAAACCCUACAUGAAAUUCUAUGUGUUGGUCUGAUUCGGUCAAAAGUAUGUAGUGCGUAAUCAUGUAACGCAUACAUUUCUGUGUCUACUUGAUUAGAAUAUUUGUCAAACUGAAAUUUGUAUGUUACUAAGUCAAAUUCUAUGAAUUGAUGAGAAAUAAUAUCUAUAUUGAAUAUUGUCUUGCUGUCUUUAUCUUCCAUUUUGCUUCAUCUGCAUUGUAGGUCAACUUUGAUUCAUAUGCACUGUCAUAGGCACUUCAUUUUUUUUUUUCCGAAAUAGGAAGACAUUAAACACAAUCUGAAUAAUUUGGCCGUAUUCUGAUCUAUGAUUUUCACAGACAAAAUUUGCUCUCAGCCAAUCAGAUUCAAGGAUUUUAGUAGCUUAUAACAAAUAUUGAAAGUCUCUAUUGUUUGAUGAAAUGCUCCUUUAUCUUCUGUUUCCUUGGACA